ACCCUGCGCGGCGGGUAUGGAGGCCCCCGGGGCUUCCUCGCCGUCUUCCCGAGGCGCGCGCGUGGUGUCGGAGCGCGAGACCGAGCAGUGGAUGGAGGAGGCGAUGCGCAUGGCCAAAGAAGCACUCGACAACAUUGAAGUUCCUGUUGGCUGCCUUAUGGUCUACAACAAUGAAGUUGUAGGGAAAGGAAGAAAUGAAGUUAAUCAAACCAAAAAUGCUACUCGACAUGCAGAGAUGGUGGCCAUUGAUCAGGUUUUAGAUUGGUGUCGUCGAAGUGGCCAGAAUCCUUCUGCAGUAUUUGAACACACUGUGCUCUAUGUCACCGUGGAGCCAUGCAUUAUGUGUGCAGCUGCUCUCCGCCUCAUGAAAAUCCCGCUGGUCGUCUACGGCUGUCAGAAUGAGCGGUUUGGUGGCUGCGGCUCUGUUCUGAACAUCGCCUCUGCGGACUUACAAAAUACCGGGAGACCGUUUCAGUGCAUUCCGGGGUAUCGGGCUGAGGAGGCAGUGGAGCUGUUGAAGACCUUCUACAAGCAAGAGAAUCCGAAUGCACCAAAGUCAAAAGUUCGGAAAAAGGAGUGCCAGAAAUCAUGAACUUGUUCUGAUGAUAGGCCGGGUGCUCCGCAGUGGCAGUGACCUGGACAGACCUUCUGGCUGAAAGCUGUUGACAUCGAUGAAUCAUAUGUUUAUGCAUUGUCGUUACUGUGUGGGAAAAUGGUGUAUUUCAUCAUUUGCUCCAUUAAGGGAACAAAUUAGCACUUUUAAAAAGUCUGACAAUUGUAAACAGCUAUUAGCUUUUCCACAAGCUGAGAGAAUGUUUUAGGAAGGGGAAAGAUUAAGGUUUUGAGGUUUUAGAAAUUAGCUAGCAGUGCAUGCCCUUAGCCACAGCCACAGCCCCGUCCAGGAAAAGCACUGGCUUUCCAGGGAAUGCACGCCCAGCCCUGUGCUCGUCUGUAGGAGGAUGUGCCACCUGGCUUUCCAGAGUUGGGGUCCUCAGGGUGUACAGAUCCUUUCUUUUCCCAGGGCACUUGGGGCCUGGCUGCUCUGUAAAUUACAUGUGCGUUGUGUACAUAUGACCAUGCUCAAGGUUUUUCAAACAAAUUUUUUAAAGUUUUAAGGGCAUUUACAGGAAAUGCCUGCUUUUACAGUAAGUGCUCUAAGGUCACUUUAUAAUUAUAGCAUAUUGCUACAAUGAAAGCUUAUUGAGACCUUCUUUGAAGAGGGCUAGUUCCUUGGAACCAAGCAACUGUCCUAUGUCAGGCUCCAUCACUUCCUGGAACAAAACAGAAUUCUACGCUUGUGGAGCAUGUCUACCUCAUAGUGGGAGGCUGAUGAAAACUAGUCCUGAAGGUGUAGUUUGCUGGAGGAUGGGUGAGGCCGGGCCUCAUUCAAGGCAAGCCUGGGCUACAUAGAAAACCAUGUCUAAAAUAUCACAGUAACAGCCAGACGAUGACAAGAACACUGACUUCACAAUUAAAUAAAGUAACCCACUUAUUCUGAAA